GACUUCCGGUUGUGUGUCAUGGCGGUGGGAUGGUGAAUCCUAAAGAAGGAGAAAAAAUCUCGCCGCUUUCGUCCUUUCCCACAGAUUCAAGAGAAUUUCCAUGCAUUACUAAGCCCGUCAGCUGCGGUCUUGCAUCUUGGAUUUAGCAGCAGAGGGCUGCGGUGUCCGUCCGCCUGGUCAUGGCGGCUCACAAACCAGUGGAAUGGGUCCAGGCCGUGAUUACUAGAUUUGAUGAGCAGCUUCCCAUUAAAGUUGGACACCAGAACACCCACACCAAAGUCAGCACAGAGCACAACAAGGAAUGUUUGAUUAAUAUCUCCAAGUACAAGUUCUCCCUUGUCAUCAGUGGUCUUACCACCAUUCUCAAAAAUGUCAAUAAUAUGCGGAUAUUUGGAGAAGCAUCUGAGAAGAACCUCUACCUCUCUCAGCUCAUCAUUCUAGAUACCCUGAAGAAGUGCCUGGCUGGGCAAUCCAAGGACUGCUUGCGUCUGGAUGAAACCAUGCUGGUCAAACAGCUGCUGCCAGAGAUCUGCCAUUUCAUUCACACGUAUCGCGAGGGGCACCAGCACCAGCAUGCUGCUGAGCUACGAGCCUCAGCUUCGGCUGUCCUCUUCUCUCUGAGCUCCAACAACUUCAGCGCCGUUUUUAGCCGCAUUUCGACCAGGCUUCAAGAGCUGACCGUCUGCUCAGAGGAUAACGUUGAUGUUCAUGACAUAGAGCUCAUGCAGUACAUCAAUGUGGACUGCUCUAAGCUGAAGAGGCUGUUACAAGAAACUGUAAUGAAGUUCAGAGCUCUAAAGAAGCCUGCCCAGCUUGCCGUCAUCAGCAGUUUAGAGAAGGCAUUUUGGAACUGGGUGGAGUGUUACCCAGAUGAGUUCACCAUGCUGUACCAGCGACCACAGUCAGAUAUGGCAGAAGCUGCAGAGAAGUUGUUUGACCUGGUGGACAGUUUUGCAGAGAGUACCAAGAGGAAGGCAGCGGUGUGGCCACUGCAGAUAAUCCUCCUCAUACUCUGUCCAGAGAUUGUGUGUGUAAUCUCCAAAGACACAGUGGAAGAAAGCAAGGCUAACAAGAAACUUUUUCUGGACAGUUUACGGAAAGCUUUAGCAGGGCAAGGUGGAAGCAAACAGCUGAUGGAGAGUGCUGCCAUUGCUUGUGUCAAACUUUGUAAAGCCUCUACUUACAUCAACUGGGAAGAUCAUUCCACCAUUUUCCUCCUGGUCCAGUCCAUUGUCAUGGAUCUCAAGGCUCUGCUGUUCAACCCAGCCAAACCCUUCUGGAGGGGAACGGGCAGUCAGAAUGCUGAUGUGGAGCUCAUGAUGGAUUGCUUUGUGUCCUGUUUCCGCAUUAACCCUCACAACAACCAGCACUUUAAGGUCUGCCUGGCCUCAUCAUCCCCUUCCACCUUUCACUUUGUCCUGGUCAACUCGUUACAUAGAAUAAUCAACAAUUCCCACCUGGACUGGUGGCCUAAGAUCGAUGCAGUAUACUGCCACUCUGGAGAGCUUCGCUUCAUGUUCUCAGACACCCUCAACCGUGUAACCCAAGGCACUGGCACACAUGCCCCACUACGCAUGACUCCGAGUCUAACAUUUAUUGGAAAGAAAACCACCAGCCUUAAGUUCAAAGAGAAAGCCACAGAUUUGGACACUCGAAGUUACAAGUGCCUCCUCCUUGCUCUGGUUAAACUCAUCCAUGCUGACCCCAAACUCAUGUUGCAUAAUCCAGUGAAACAAGCUCCAGAGAUGCAGAGCAGCACAGCAGAGCUCAUCACUGGCCUUGUGCAGCUGGUGCCGCUAACCAACAGUACCCAGCUCUCACAAGAAGCCAUGGAGGCUUUGUUAGUUCUGCACCAACCAGAGAACAUAGAGCUGUGGAAUCCUGAUGCCCCCAUAGAGACAUUUUGGGACAUUAGUUCACAGGUGCUCUUCCUAAUUUGCCGCAAACUCAUCGGUCAGCUAAUUGUUAAUGGGACAGAGGUUCUGAAAUGGCUGAGGGAGAUUCUCAUCUGCAGGAACAAGUUUUUGCUCAAAAACAAGGAGUGUGCCACCAUGGGUGGUGGCAUCCCCAUCUGUCGGCAGGCACAGACAAAGCUAGAGGUGUCCCUCUACAUGUUCUUGUGGAGCCCAGACACCGAAGCUGUUCUGGUGGCCAUGUCUUGUUUUCGCCACCUGUGUGAGGAAGCUGAUAUCCGCAGUGCUGCUGACGAGGUGCCCGUUCAGACAAUCCUGCCCAACUAUGUGACUUUCAGUGAACUGGCAUCUGUCAGCAACAUGAUGGGAACAGGCCGCUCCACCUUGCAGAAGAGGGUGAUGGCUUUGUUGAGGAGGAUAGAGCAUCCUACACCAGGAAAUAUUGAAGCUUGGGAGGACACAUACGCUAAAUGGGACCAGGCCACCAAACAGAUUCUCAACUUUCCCAAAAACAAGGCAGAUGAUGGACAGCAGGAGUGGAUCAACAUGACAGGAUUUCUGUGUGCUCUGGGCGGUGUGUGCCUCCAGCAGCGCAGCACCCCUGGCCCACCCACAUACAGUCCACCUAUGGGUUCCAUGACUGAGCGUAAACACUCCAUGAUCUCUAUGGGCCCUUGUGAGGUGUCCAACCUCAUGACCUCCUCUUGCUCUUCGGCCUCGAGUGAGACACCUGUGAGCCGCUUCCUGGACCGGCUGCUGGCUCUGCUGGUUUGUGGCCACGACAGGGUGGGCCUCCAUGUUCGCACCAAUGUUAAGGAUCUCCUUGGAUUGGAGCUCAGUCCAGCUCUGUAUCCCAUGCUGUUCAACAAGCUCAAGAACAGCAUUGGCAAGUUCUUUGACACUCAGGGACCGGUUCCCAUCAACGACACUAACACACAGUUUGUGGAGCAGACCAUAGCCAUCAUGAAGAACCUGUUAGAUAACCACUCAGAGGGCAGCUCUGAACACCUGGGACAAGCCAGCAUUGAGACCAUGAUGCUCAACCUAGUAAGGUAUGUGCGUAUUUUGGGUAAUGUAGUCCAUGCGAUCCAGAUCAAAACCAAGCUCUGCCAGCUGGUCGAGGUGAUGAUGGAGAGACGAGAUGACCUGUCCUUCUGCCAGGAGAUGAAGUUCAGGAACAAGAUGGUGGAAUAUCUGACAGACUGGGUAAUGGGAACCUCCAACCAAGCUGCUGAUGAUGACAUCAAGUGCCUGACAAGGGACCUGGACCAAGCCAGUAUGGAGGCUGUAGUAUCACUGUUAGCUGGUCUUCCUUUGCAGCCAGAGGAGGGAGAUGGAGUAGAGCUGAUGGAGGCGAAAUCUCAGCUCUUCUUGAAGUACUUUACUCUGUUCAUGAACCUGCUGAAUGACUGCAGUGAGGUGGAGGAUGAAGGCCAGGCAGUUGGGGGACGUAAGAGAGGAAUGUCCCGACGUCUGGCAUCCCUUCGACAUUGCACCAUCCUAGCAAUGUCCAAUCUACUCAAUGCUAAUGUGGACAGUGGUCUUAUGCACUCAAUUGGUCUCGGUUAUCACAAAGAUCUUCAGACUCGAGCCACAUUUAUGGAAGUGCUGACCAAGAUCCUUCAACAGGGAACAGAGUUUGACACACUGGCUGAGACUGUGUUGGCUGAUCGCUUUGAGAGGCUGGUAGAGCUGGUCACCAUGAUGGGAGACCAAGGAGAGCUGCCCAUUGCCAUGGCAUUAGCUAAUGUGGUUCCAGGGUCUCAAUGGGAUGAACUAGCACGAGUCCUGGUGACACUGUUUGAUUCCCGACACCUACUCUACCAACUCCUGUGGAAUAUGUUUUCUAAAGAGGUGGAGCUAGCUGACUCCAUGCAAACCCUCUUCAGAGGAAAUAGCCUGGCCAGCAAGAUAAUGACCUUCUGUUUCAAGGUAUACGGGGCGGCCUAUCUGCAGAAGUUACUGGAGCCUUUAUUGAGAGGAGUCAUCACAACCCCUGAACACAUUAGCUUUGAGGUGGACCCCACCAGAUUGGAACAAGGUGAGAACCUCGAAGAGAACCAGAGGAACCUGCUGCAAAUCACUGAGCGCUUUUUUCAGGCCAUCAUUAGUUCAUCAGGCGAAUUUCCCCCACAGCUCCGCAGUGUCUGCCACUGUCUCUACCAGGCUACUUGCCACUCUCUACUGAAUAAAGCAACAGUAAAAGAAAAAAAGGAAAGCAAAAAAGCAGUUGUGAGUCAGCGGUUCCCACAGAACAGCAUUGGUGCGGUGGGCAGUGCUAUGUUUCUGCGCUUCAUCAACCCUGCUAUUGUGUCCCCCUAUGAGACUGGUAUUUUAGACAAGAAGCCUCUGCCCAGGAUAGAGCGGGGGCUCAAACUCAUGUCCAAGAUUUUGCAGAGUAUUGCAAACCACGUCUUAUUUACAAAAGAAGAACACAUGAGGCCUUUUAAUGACUUUGUGAAGAGCAACUUUGAUUCAGCCCGAAGGUUUUUCUUGGACAUAGCGUCUGACUCUCCACCCAGUGAUUCUGUCAACCACAGUCUGUCAUUUAUCAGUGACGGUAAUGUGCUGGCUCUCCACCGGCUGCUGUGGAAUAAUCAGGAAAGAAUUGGCCAGUACUUAUCCAGUAACAGGGACCACAAGGCUGUAGGUAGGCGACCUUUUGACAAGAUGGCCACCUUGCUGGCUUACCUCGGACCGCCGGAACACAAACCUGUGGCUGACACUCACUGGUCUAGUCUCAAUCUGACCAGCUCCAAGUUUGAGGAGUUUAUGACCAGGCAUCAAGUACACGAGAAGGAGGAAUUCAAAGCCUUAAAGACCCUCAACAUUUUCUACCAGGCAGGAACCUCAAAGAUUGGAAAUCCAGUGUUCUACUAUGUCGCCCGCAGGUUCAAAACGGGCCAGAUCAAUGGUGACCUGCUCAUCUACCAUGUCCUUCUCACCCUCAAACCCUACUAUGCUAAGCCCUAUGAGAUAGUGGUAGACUUAACACAUGUUGGACCCAGCAAUCGUUUCAAGACUGACUUCCUCUCUAAGUGGUUUGUCGUCUUUCCUGGCUUUGCAUAUGAGAAUGUAGCAGCUGUUUAUGUCUACAACUGCAACACUUGGGUAAGAGAGUACACAAAGUAUCAUGAGCGGCUGCUGACAGGCCUAAAAGGGAGCAAGCGGCUCCAGUUCAUUGAUUCUCCAGCUAAGCUGGCAGAGCACAUUGAACCUGACCAACAGAAGCUGCCUGCAGCCACACUGAUACUGGAGGAAGACCUUAAAGUCUUCCACAAUGCCCUCAAACUGGCCCACAAAGAUACCAAGGUCUCAAUUAAGGUAAGGUUUCAGCCAAUGAACUUAUCUGCAGCUUACAACCUAUUGUGUGCUUUGACCUGCACCUUUAAUCUGAAGAUAGAGGGCCAGCUGCUGGAGACAUCAGGUCUCUGCAUCCCAGCCAACAAUACGCUCUUUAUAGUUUCCAUCAGCAAAACUCUGGCAGCCAACGAACCUCACCUGACUCUGGAGUUUCUGGAGGAGUGCAUCUCAGGCUUCAGCAAGUCUAGCAUCGAGCUGAAGCAUCUCUGCUUGGAGUACAUGACACCCUGGCUGCUCAACCUGGUCCGCUUCUGUAAGCACAAUGACGAUGCCAAGCGCCAGCGGGUCACUGCCAUUUUGGACAAACUCAUCACCAUGACAAUAAAUGAAAAACAGAUGUAUCCCUCUAUCCAGGCUAAGAUCUGGGGCAGCCUUGGCCAGAUAACAGACCUGCUGGAUGUGGUCUUAGACAGCUUUAUUAAGACCAGUGCCACAGGAGGCCUGGGUUCCAUCAAAGCAGAGGUUAUGGCUGAUACUGCAGUGGCUCUAGCCUCAGGAAAUGUCAAAUUGGUCUCCAACAAGGUGAUUGGGCGGAUGUGUAAGAUCAUCGACAAGACGUGUCUGUCCCCAACACCAACACUGGAGCAGCACCUGAUGUGGGAUGACAUUGCCAUCUUGGCUCGCUACAUGCUCAUGUUGUCCUUCAACAACUCUCUAGAUGUGGCAGCCCACUUGCCUUAUCUGUUCCAUGUGGUAACCCUGCUAGUAGCCACUGGGCCUCUGUCCCUCAGGGCCUCCACUCACGGUUUGGUCAUCAACAUUAUCCACUCCCUCUGCACCUGCUCUCAGCUCAACUUCAGUGAGGAAACAAAGCAGGUUCUGAGGCUGAGUCUGACUGAGUUCUCCCUGCCCAAGUUCUACCUGCUGUUUGGCAUCAGCAAAGUCAAAUCAGCCGCUGUGAUUGCCUUCCGCUCCAGCUACAGAGACCGCUCAUUCUCACCAGGCUCUUAUGAGAGGGAGACCUUUGCACUGUCCUCCCUCGAAACCGUCACUGAGGCCUUACUGGAAAUCAUGGAGGCUUGUAUGAGGGACAUACCAAGCUGCAAGUGGUUAGACCAGUGGACAGAACUUGCACAAAAGUUUGCAUUCCAAUACAACCCAUCUCUUCAGCCCAGAGCACUGGUGGUGUUUGGCUGCAUCAGUAAAAGAGUGAGCCAUGGCCAGAUCAAGCAGAUCAUUCGAAUCCUGAGCAAGGCUAGCCCUCUGCUCAGCAUAGACCGGGGUCUCGAGAGCUGUCUGAAGGGGCCAGACAAUUACAACAGCCAAGUAUUAAUAGAGGCCACAGUCAUUGCUCUGACUAAGCUACAACCUCUACUCAGCAAGGAAUCUCCCAUGCACAAAGCUCUGUUCUGGGUGGCAAUAGCUGUGCUGCAGCUGGAUGAAGUCAACCUUUACUCAGCUGGAACGGCCCUGCUGGAGCAGAACCUCCACACUCUGGACACAAUGCGUGUUUUCAAUGAUAAGAGUCCAGAAGAAGUAUUCAUGGAGAUCAGGCGUCCUUUAGAAUGGCACUGUAAGCAGAUGGAUCACUUUGUCGGCCUCAACUUUAGCGCCAACUUUAACUUUGCACUGGUGGGCCACCUACUCAAAGGCUACAGGCACCCAUCAGCCACCACAGUCGCGAGGACAGUGAGAAUCCUUCACACACUGUUGGCUCUCAUCAGCAAGCAUCUGAAAUGUGACAAGUUUGAGGUCAACACCCAGAGUGUGGCCUAUCUGGCUGCACUGCUCACUGUAUCUGAGGAGGUCCGAAGUCGCUGCAGCCUCAAACACAGGAAGUCACUAUUAAUUUCUGACCUCUCCAUGGACCCAGUUCCUAUGGACACCUUCUCAAGUCAUAUGACUGAUCCUACGUGCACCCGGAAGAGCUUUGAUCAUCUCAUAUCAGACUCCAAAGCACCAAAGAGACCAGAAAUGGAGUCAGGCAUGACUACCCCUCCGAAGAUGAGGCGUGUAGCAGAGAACGACUAUGAGAUAGAGACACAGAGAAUUGGAAACUCUCACCUUCGCAAGGUGUCUGUAUCAGAGUCCAAUGUUCUGCUGGACGAGGAGGUGCUUACCGACCCAAAGAUCCAGGCUCUGCUGCUCACUGUGCUGGCCACCCAGGUCAAAUACACCACUGAUGACUUUGACCAGCGGAUUCUGUAUGAGUAUUUAGCUGAAGCUAGUGUUGUCUUCCCAAAGGUUUUUCCAGUUGUCCACAAUCUACUGGACUCCAAGAUCAACACUGUGCUAUCCAUGUGCCAGGAUAUCAAUCUCCUGAACCCUGUCCACGGCAUUGUCCAGAGUGUGGUGUACCAUGAGGAGUCACCCCCCCAGUACCAACCUUCCUAUUUACAAAGCUUUGGCUUUAACGGACUUUGGAGGUUUGCUGGACCCUUCUCUAAGCAAACCCAGAUUCCAGACUACGCUGAGCUGAUUGUCAAGUUCUUGGAGGCAUUGAUUGACAGCUACCUGCCAGCAGCUGACGAGGAACGAGGGGAGGAGCAACUGAGGACACCUACUUCCCCCUACCCUCCUACCAGCCAGAGCCAGCUUAGCAUCACUGCCAACCUCAACCUGUCAAACUCGAUGACCUCACUGGCCACUUCACAGCACUCACCAGGUGUAGAUAAGGAGAAUGUCCAGUUGUCCCCCAGCUCAGCUUUGUCCAGUGGAGGUCGUACUCGCCAUGGUUCAGCCAGUCAGGUCCAGAAGCAGCGCAGUGCUGGCAGCUUCAAGAGACCCAGCAUCAAGAAGAUUGUCUGAUCGACCAGAGAAGACAGCUGCCCCGUCACACAUAUACUUUCUUUCUCCCCCUCUCCACCUGUCCCAGGCCUGCCAGGCCUCAUGCUGCACUCCACAUUUACUCUUUAGUUCCUCCUUCACGGUUGUUGCUUUGGCAGAACAGGUGAUCGUGUGUUUCGUAACAAGGAGGAAUAUUAGCAAGGGCAAACUUGAAUUCUGCUGCUUGAUUUUUAUUUAUUUUAUAAUUUUUUUAUCAUUAUAAUUGUUUUCUUUCUCCUUUUUUUCCUCAAAUCUUUAACUUUAGACAGUACAUGGUGUCAGACAGGCUCCUUCUCUUCAUAGGGACAGUGUUUGGAAACACUUUAACUGUCCUGCCGUGAGGGACGCCACACUUUAAGUGGAAAAACUGAAGGGAAAAUGGUGUGAAUGGAUUCGGAUGUCGACUGUGAUGUGUCUCGGUCGGCACAGUCCAAACAGGAAGUCUCUGACUUCAGGCAAGUCCCUUGGCCUUCCUCCAGACUAAAUAUUCCAGUGUCAGUGAGAUGGACCAAACGACAACAGUAAAUAGGCGAUUGGGUGUGUCUGCGAGAAAAGACCUCUUCUCUGGACAUCUCAGCUCCCCUCUCCCAGUACUGUACAUAUGUUACAUAGAUUAUGUAUAACUAGUCCUUAGUUCUAAUUUAGAUGUGGAUGUUUUCUCCAUGGUGUGCCUUUGUCAGGGUUUUUCAAUGUGUACAAUUUGUAAAGUAAAAUUAAAAUCUUGCUGGGGACAAAGACCAGGUACUAAUCUUGGAGGCGAGCCAUCCAUAUCUUCACAAGUUCACCAAGCUAUGUCACGACAGGCCUCCAACGAUCAUCAAAUAUACAAUCAUCAAUAUACCCUGCUGCCUGAAAAUAUUUAUCUUGUACAAGUAGAUCAUAGUACACGAAUCAUCUAUUUACUUUCCAUAAACUGUCUUUCAACAUGAAGAUUGCAAAACACUAGAGAAAAUGCAUCUGUAAAUAGCUGCGAGCUUUCGGGUUUGUUUGGUUUUUCUGUCCUUGUGUUUUUUGUUGAUAUUUUAUUAUGAACUGUAUUUUUUUUUAGCAGCAUAGCAUUAAAUUUGUUUACACAUGGACCAUGAAAAUUGAGUAAUAGGCAAUAAUCCUCAACUCUCAAACUUUGUCAACCUUUUUUUUUUCCUUCACACAAACCGGAAGAACACAUUACUGUCAGCUUGGUGCAAUAUGUGGCCAACUUCUGAGUUACUUGUUCAAAUAGAGAUUUAACUCAUAGUGGACAGCGUGGUUUCUAGGCGUGUUUCAUCUCGGCAGUCUGAGCUGGAUCCUUGAAAAGGAAAGUCCAACCAGAAAGCAGCUUCGUCUGUUAGAGGAGUUGACUGUGCUCUUCUGUUUUUAAAUCUGACUAAAGUCGCCACUGUUCCCGUCUGUACGAAAGUGAAAAUCAAAAAACUCGUCACUGUCAUGCAGCCAGAGUCUUGCCUUCUACUUGCUCAUAAAUGAGGCCGUAGCUCACGUCCUGAGCCUCUGCCGUUUUGAGCUUUCAGUGAUCUUUGCUGUGCAAUCAUCAUUUUCAUAACAAAAUUAUUACUAAAUAUUAGCUUUACUCACAGAAACUCAUUACCUUUAUUAUUCAGGAUGAUUUUCAAAAUAAAUGUAUUUUAUUGACAAACACUUGGUUUUAUCAGCAAACAUUACCAGUAUUGAAAUAAUAAUAUUCGUGUUUACUUUUCAUGUUCUUAUAAACAUUGAUUUUGAAAAUAAGCCUAAAACAGACAUUUUUUUUAAAAAAUUGUGAUUAUAGCCAUCAGCUGCUUUUUCCCCAGAUGUCUUUGCUAAGAUGGAGUAUUAAGUAAUCGUCCAUCUGCCCGGCCCUUAAAACCAUGUCUGAAUCCCAUCUACUGGACACAAACUGGUUCUGAAUUAUGUCAACAGUGUCAGAAGCACCUGUUUCCAAGAUGUAGGUGUCAUGUUAUCUUUAUAUACGCCUGAUAGCUCACAGCAGUACCAAAAAGUGUAAAAUUAGACAAUUUUCUACAAAAUUACCCAAGAACACAAAACAAUAGGUCACAGAGCAGGACAAAGCACUAAGACUGUGACUUAUGGUUCAUUUCUAUAGCUCCUUUGACCUUUUCUGAGAACAAAAUGUUUGAUCAAAGAGGGUGACAAAGUGACUGAAUAUAGUGGCAACUGACAGUGCUUGACAUUUACUUUAUAUGUAGCUGCCCACAAAAACGAUCAGGUAUUCAGAAAGAAAUGGGCAUCAUACCCCGCUCCAUUUGGUAUGGUUUUCUAGCAUUACUGAAAAAUGGUGAAAUAAAACGUGGUUUCGGUUUCAGUCCUUAAAAGUAAUUCCAGAGCUCCCAGUCCGCACGAUCAUAGAGAUGACAGGUCUUCACUUGCAGAGACUGAGCAGAUUCUUUGGGCGAAGUACGUGGUAGUAAAUGCUUUUCAUCUGUGUGGCUUCAGAACGGUCUACAUAAUAAGAAUUGUGUUUCGGCUCAUUUACUACAUAUCACGGGAACUGUGCAUCACUGCUGACUGUUUUCAAAGCAUGCUGUUGUGUUUUAGAUGCUGUACUGCAGUUCUAACUUUCAGGGCAGCCUGCAUGUGGUGAUAGAAAGUGAGAUAACAAAAAAAAUCUGCAGUACAACCCAACACGUCUCUACGUGCAAUGGUGUCAAAGUAUAAGAAACCGGAAUGGUUUACUUUUACACUCACACUGUUCCACUCACUACAUAUGUUGGUCACAAUACUCCAAAAAUUGUUCACAAUUAAAAUUAAAUCAUUAAAAAUUAUUGGCUCUUUCAUUAUUGGGUUUUUUAAACUGCCAGUCAUUGCUAUCGUUAUUGUCUUUCCAUUAUUAUUAUUACUCUUCACAAUAACAAUAAACCUCUGACAACACAAGCAGUCACGACGCUCAGUGUAGAUCACUUAACCUGCCUUGCAGGCUGAUCUGGAUGUUGGAACCUGUAGCUGUUUUGAGAAAAUGACUUGCUUUGGAAGUGAUCACAAAAUUUGUAGUGACACUGUGUCCUGGACCUGUGCAGUUAGUCAAAACACUUUAAUCUAUGCAUAAAAAGAGUUGAGUAUUGUUGAACAACUAUGAAUUUAUUUUAAACAUAUUUUUUAAAGAUUAAUGUCAUUUGUUGAUACAUCUGUGAAUCGGUCGCAACAGAUUUCUUUCCUUGUCUUGUAGUGGUCUGACAGGAUGUUAUUUUCUACUGUGCAUGUAGCUCUUUCAGUCAGUAUAUCAUGAGAUUUGUCAUAAAGGAGAAAGAGAAAUACUUUAAUGAAGGAUGUUUAGUUAAAUAAAUGAACACAUGAAACGUGACUUCUUAUGUUGGCCUCCAUGAGGCCAUCGCUAACAGAUUUUCUUGUAUAAAAUCAAAGAGUCAAAAUCAAACAAGAAAUAUGUAUUGCUGAAGUCCUAACAUUGUUUUAAAGUACAAGAAGUUAAUAAAUGCCCAAAGAGUUCCAUUGAUGUACAAUCUGAAAGGGCCGGAAGGAAAAAAACAUUUCUGAAUGUUCCAGUGGGCUUCAGUCUUGCAGCUUUCUGGUCAGAGUGCUGAAAAAGCAGGUAACUCUGGACACUUGACAGUUCUUCUAUGUCAACUUUACACAAUUUGUCCAUCUGAAAUACUCAUUCUGUCAGAAUAGAUGGUAAUAGAGACCAAAAUGUUUUGCCUUAAGUUGACAGAGACGUAUAAUUGGAUCCAUCAAUAUUGCUUCCUGACGAAUCGUAGCAUGGUGCCUUUCAUGAUUUGUGAGAUGUCAUUAGGAUGGAUUUAAAAGGAAGUGGCUGCUGGGAACAAGAAGUGUUGUCUGACACUGGCUCCCUCAUCCACGUUUCUCAUUUCCAGUGUGUAAAUCCUCUCCUAUAGUCUUAGCCCCUUACACCCAAAACAUGAGUGGUGGCGGCGCAAAUGCAAGGAGAAAUGAGUCACCACAGCACCGAUCUACAAUGAGCAUGAACGUCUGUGUUUAUUAAAAAUAAUUCACACUGACGUGACGAGAAUGUAUGGAUGCAAUUUUUUAUACACUAGAUGUGUAUAGUUAAAUCAUGCCAUCAUUCAUCUGAGAACUACAACUUUCAUGCAGAGAUGGAUUUCCAGGUCACAGGCAGACGUGAGACUGUCAAAGACGGGCUGUUAGUGCACUCUGUAUUACUGUUGGUUGUAGAAGUUGUGUUAUGAGGUAAAAAAUAAGGUAACCAUUCUGUCAGAUUGAUUGUCAUCCAAUGUGAAUUUAAUAAUGGGAAUUUAAAACAAAAAAAACCAAAAAACAUCGAAUGUGAUGUCAUGUAAUAUUUUGUCUCCAAUCCUGGCAUUAGAAAGUGUUGGUGGUAUGACUCACAGCUGUAUAACUGCUAAAAAAAAAAGCCCUUCCUAUAAUUUGAAGCAUCUCCAGACCUCGAAGCUACUGAUGAUACUGAACAGAUACCACGAGUGUGAUGUGUUAAAAUCUUAUUUGACAUCAGAGUUUCCCAAAUAUUCUUUUCUAGAGCCACACUGCAGUCACUGAGUUGAUCCAUUCUCCUUAUGUAACUAGGCCUACUCUAAGAUCAAAAUGCAGCAUCACGUUUUCUCUCUUUUUCUUUUGACCCUUCAAUUUGUUAAAACUCAAUGAGAAACUCAUGAGAUGUGGAUCAUACAGUCACUGAUGCUGUUAAGGGACACAUUUCUUUAGAGUUCAGUGUCAGAAUUGCAUUGAAACAUCUCACGAGUAAGUCUGCUCACCACUCCUCACAAGUGAACUGUUGUUAAAGAUAUACUACAGAACUAUGUCCACAGCCAUCCGGUCAAAGAAUCAGCUACUAUACCUUUAACCAAACACAAUCAGGAAACAUCUGAAGGUCAGCUGUAUUUGAGGAACAUGGCAACGGGUUUCCAUUAUUUCCAGGUUUUAGUUUGACUUGUGUGAAUGAAAUUAUUAAAAAUAUAUAUCCAUAACCUCUGACACAAGUGGUUAACUUGCACUAAUUUAAAAAUGGUCAUGGGUUUGUAAAGAUGAAAAACCUCAAAAUGCGGCAUGUUUUAUUUGAUGUUAUGCAAAAUUCAAUGUCUGUAGAGUAUUAGCCGGAGUUUUGUUUUUAAUGCAGUAUGUGUGGAAUUGUAAAUACUUUGUGUACAAUUUGAGAUGGUAUAUUUACUAUACUGUACAUAUGUGUGACAUUGUAUCAUUUUGUUUUUGUAAAACAGUUAGUUUCUGUAUAAUAAUAAACAAAUUUAACUACU